AUGACACUCGCUAAAGCCCUAGAGAGCUGGUUAUUUCACGGGGACUACUCGCUGGACAUCAAAGAAGUGACUCUGGAUGACGACGCGCUCUAUCAGUGCCAAGUCAGCUCGGGACCUAGGGGGGAACCAGCUAUUCGUUCGAGGUACGCUCGUCUCAUCAUCCUCACUCCUCCAGACCCUCCGAAGAUCCUCCAAGGUUCGGUCCUGCAAGCAGUUGAGGAUAGCGAAGUCAAUUUGGAAUGCGUCUCUGUUGGUGGGAAACCAGCUGCUGAGAUCACGUGGGUGGAUGAUGAUGGCGGUGUUCUGACUCAAGGGGUCACGUAUACUGCAGAACCUUUGGCAGAUGGACGGAGAUACACAGCCAGAUCAAUUCUCCAUCUCCGGCCUAGAAGACAUCACCACAACCAGACCUUCACCUGUCAGGCUCAAAACACAGCAGACAGGACGUACAGAUCCACAGCUAUAAAGAUGCAGGUCCAAUACGCACCAAAGGUCCGAGUGUCCCUCAAAUCCGGAGUGAAUAAAGGUCGAAUACUAGAAGGAGAUACAUUGGUUGUUGGUUGUCAAGCGUCUGCCAACCCUAACGAACUCACAUACAAGUGGUACGUGAACAAUGAUCAGAUAGCUGGUGACAGCAGUGAGCUGGUACUGAAGAACAUAUCCCGAUCAUACAACGAGGCUACAGUCAAGUGUGAAGUGCACAAUAUCAUUGGAAAGAGUGCCGAUACGAAGACCUUGGAAGUGGCAUAUGGACCAACCUUCCUCGAGCGUCCCAAGAACGUGGAAGUGGAAGCUGGAUCGCAAGCUACCCUCAGCUGUAAGGUUGAUGGCCAUCCUCCCCCGAAGGUGCUCUGGCUGCGGUAUGAAAACGACCGGGUUAUAAGAGUGGGCAAAUCUCAAAACUUGACCAUCACUGUGACAGCCCAGUCUGCAGGACAAUACUGGUGUAAAGCCACCAUCGAUAACCAGCAAGACAUUGAAGCACCCGCCAUGAUUUUUGUAAGAGGGCCUCCAAAAAUAACGUCAAACAGCACCCAAUACGGAGUUGAAGGGGACAGCGUGAGGAUAGAGUGCGUCUCCUUCUCAGUUCCAAAGCCAGACUACAUCAUGUGGACUUUUGAGGGUAGUGAGAUCAAUACCUUUCACAACCAAGAAUACGCCUUCCUUGAAGAAUCGUUGGCAGAUCGUAUGACCAAAUCCACGUUGAUCAUAAGGAAGAGUGAAUCGAGGCACUUCGGGUCAUACAACUGCACUGUAACCAAUCUAUAUGGGAUGGACAGCAUUGAGAUAAAAUUAGUGGCUGACAAAACCAACUCCCUAAUCCUCAUAGUCUCUGGAGGCGCCUCAGCAGCGAUCCUAGUCCUCAUCAUCAUGUUGAUGAUCAUGCUAUGCCACCGGAAGACUAAGAAGUCAGACCCUUCGGUGAAGAAGCCUGAUAUCACGGAUAUUGGGAAAAACUGUGCUGACCAGUACAAGGAUAGCGAUAGGAGUUCUAAUAUUAGUGAUCUGAAGCUGGAACUGAGGCAGGUGGAAGGCAGCUGUGACAUAGACAACUCAAACGCCGGUUCUGAAACCGACCUGCACCCAACCCUGCAUCUGACGUCAAACAUGGGCCUUCCCCUGGCGGGACCAGUUCCUCUGCCUGAGGGUUACGACAACCAGCUGAUGAAGCAGUACCAGAGAUACAGCGGGGACUUCAAUCAGCCGAUAAAUAAUCUUCAUUUUAAGGCUCAAGGACAGAGCAACGGCUACGUCCCUUACGUGGACUACAGCCGGGACUACGCCCCUCCAAUGCCCUCCAGUGACUCGCUCACUGGGUCACUGUCGAGGAGCACUGAUGGGUCUACGUACCCAAGUCACUGUGGAUCUCUGCACAGGCAGACUAGCUGUGGCAGACUGGCAGGGGUUGGACCUGAUGUCAUACCAAUGACCAACCCUGGAGUGGCGUUCACUGGUGGCGUUGACGUCAGAUACGCAGCUACCUACGGAAACCCGUACUUGAGAGGGAGCGGCCCUAUGUCGUACAUACAACAAGCAAAUACAAACCCUACGUCCAAACCAGCCCCUCCACCUUAUUACUCUAUAAGGAACUCCAGUCUUCACCUGUCAGGGAUGGUGGAAGGCUCAUCACCAUCAUCAUCAUCUUCUCUGAGACCAGUGACGAGUCCUCUAGCUUCUUCAUCAUCAACUUCUACCAGUGGCGCUCAGCCUCAAGUGCCUAAAUCAUCCCCCCAGACCUCAGGAACCUUGUAUAUCCUGCCUCCGUCCAGUCAAGGCAACUCGCCUGCUAAUCAAAUCACAUCCAAAGGUAACGGAUCCCAAAUAACUAAUGGUACUCACGUUUAGCAGUUUUUAGUUUAAAAAUAGUUUUUAGUAAAAGACAUUGAUAGAUUAUUGAAAAUUGUAUAAACUAAGUGUGCUGUUUUACUGUUUUUAAAAGAAAUGUAGGUUACAAUAAAAUUAAUUAGUCAAUUACUUUUCUAUUUUUUAGUCUUAUUAUCUAGUUUAAUUUUAUAUUUUGACUAAAACUAAAUUCUUUUCAGACAUCUUGACAUUUAAGUAUUAUUUUUAAUUAUUUUUGAAGGCUUUAAUUACAAUGAUAUUAACGAGCCUAAAAUUCAAGCUUUAAGAAUGAAAGUCAA